AUGUCGAGCUUCCGAAGAUAUCUUCCCAUCAUCGGGAAGAACUGCAGACUUUUAAGCCCAAGAUCGCUACUGCAUACAACAUCUAUUUUAGAAGCCAGCCGCCGAGUCCAACGGGCGCCAAGUCUCCUUGUUUCUUCGCAGAAAGCACAAGGCCCUGCGAUCAACCGGCCAAUGAUAGAUCCAGAGAAGGCUCUCCCACCAAUUGUCCUCCUCCAAUCCGCAAGCAAAUCCGGUGCUUUAGAGAUCAGCCCUGAUAAGGCAAUGGAUGUACUGCGUCGGUACCAGGAGCUUGAGCGAGGUGCUACUGUCGGGUGGGAACAAAGAUUAUGUAAAGAAUUCGAGAUAAAUCCAUCCAUUCUUGUUCUCUUGUCCAUGAUCCUCAACCGGUGUCCUAAACACGUCCAGCGAAGCCUAGCGAGGAGAGUCAUGCUAUCUGCUUCAGAACUCGGCGAAGAGUCCGCGACUUUCUACAUUAUUUCCUCAGCCCUCCGGACCGGUGUUCUCAAAGACUACGCCUCCCCUCUCAAACGUCUAGGGACCCUAGCCAAAGCCGGCAACCCACGCGCCAUGGCGCUCCUGGGGAAAUUCCUCCUCACCCAAAACAAAGAAAACGAAGCCCUGGACUGGAUUCGCCGCGCGACCCGCGGCCCCGCGGGCCUCGACUUCGAGGACGCGAGCGAAGCCCUCGUCAGCGAAGGGCAGAUCCUGAAAUCCCGCGGCGACGUCGAAGGCGCCCAGGCGGCGUUCCGCACCGCGGCGCUCGAGCUCGAUAACCCCACGGCGUAUUUCUAUCUCUCGCAGCUGGAAGAGCGCAAUUCGCGCCAGCAGGAAGUGUAUCUCUUGAAAGCGGCGUCGUCGGGGAUCCUGGAGGCCUGGCAUAAUCUCGGCGCUAUCGAACUGGCCCGCCUCAGGGCCGCGAGCGCCGGCCCCGUUCGCGAGUUUGGCAUGGCGAAGGAAUGGUUCCAGGUCGCGGCUGCGGAUGGCUUUGGGCCGAGCAUGCUGAACCUGGCGCAGAUCUGUAAAGCGGAGGGGCAGGCGGAGGAGGGCAUGAGAUGGUUAGAGAAGGCGGAGAAGUUGCCGGAAGUCAAGGAACAAGCGUUGAAGAUGAUGGAUGAUUGGAGAAUCAAUCAGGAUUCCACAUCGUCUUGA